CCGCGCUAACUUCGACUGAAUCCUUAAUGGUCGCCAAAUGUAGCGCCCUAUUAUUAUCAUGUUGACUGUGCGAAGGCUCAACUCCAACUUGACAGUUGUAAGCAGAUUUAUUCGUACAGGAUCCACAUUUACACAGCCAAGCGAUCAGCAGAGCCCAAAUUUUGGAGGCAGCCGGCCUUCUCUAGCGAGAUUGCACCACAUCCAGACCGUGCUCCGGCCCCAACUCAGACUGUGCCACUCUGCUUCUACAGUGACGAGCCUACCAGACAUGAAGAUCACACUUCUCUCAGCCCUGGAGGAUAACUACAUGUACCUCCUGACUGAUGAAGCCACCAAGGAAGCCGCCAUUGUAGACCCUGUCGACCCAGAGAAGGUUUUGAAAGCUGUCCAAGAAGAGGGUGUCAAUUUGACAACAGUUUUGACCACACAUCAUCACUGGGAUCAUGCUGGUGGGAAUGAGAAGCUGGUCAAGUUGACCAGUGGGCUGACCGUCUGUGGGGGAGACGAUCGCAUCGGUGCGCUCAACAAGAAAGUCGGUCAUGGGGAUGAGUUCAAGGUUGGUAAUCUCCAAGUGAGAUGUCUGUUCACGCCAUGUCAUACAACCGGUCACAUCUGCUAUUUUGUCCAAGGAGAUCCUUCCGAAGCCCCAGUUGUAUUUACAGGUGACACACUAUUCCUAUCUGGCUGCGGGAGAUUCUUUGAAGGCACGCCUGACCAGAUGUAUGCUGCCCUCAUUGAGAAGCUCAGCAAACUGCCUGAUAACACCAAUGUCUUCUGUGGGCAUGAAUAUUCAGUGUCUAGUUUGAGCUUUGCCCUCAGUGUGGAACCAGAUAAUGUGUCUAUUCAAAAGAAGUUAGAGUGGGCUAAGGAUCAAAGAGCCAAGAAACUCCCGACCAUACCCUCUACGCUAGCUGAAGAGAAAGCAUACAAUCCUUUCAUGAGAGUUGGAGCCAAGUCUAUUCAGGAUCAUGUAGGUAGCACUGAACCCAUUGAAGUGAUGGGUAGGUUACGCAAAGAGAAAGACAACUUCAAGCCUAAGAAAUGAAGCUGUAAACUAAAAACAGUUAACACAUUUUAAUUGUUCUCAAUGACUCAUGGUACUACACAGGUGUAUUCAUGAUCUAAAUUGGAAAAAUGAUCAAAUCAUUCAAAUGUCUAAUUAGUGCGGUGUAUCUCUGUGUGUCAGAAAUUAAGAUUUCUUUCUUCUGCCUAGCAGAACCUUGUAGACACCCUGCAAAAUAAAAUUAUUGUUCUUCAUUAAUCCUGUAAGAAUAGAAGUGUUGUUACUACAUUGAUGUAUUCAUAAUCUAAAUUGGUACUACAUCUAUGUAUUUACAAUCUAAAUAGGAAAAUGAUCAAAUGUCUAAUUAGUGUGGUGUAUUUCUCUCAGUAGAAAUUAGGAUUUCUUUCUUCUGCCUAGCAAAAUUUUGUUUUAUUCACCCUG